AUGUGUGACCGCAACGGCGGCCGGCGGCUGCGGCAGUGGCUGAUUGAGCAGAUCGACAGCACCAUGUACCCCGGGCUGAUCUGGGAGAACGACGAGAAGAGCAUGUUCCGGAUCCCUUGGAAACACGCUGGCAAACAGGAUUACAACCAGGAAGUGGACGCCUCCAUCUUCAAGGCCUGGGCCGUUUUUAAAGGGAAGUUUAAGGAAGGCGACAAGGCCGAGCCAGCCACAUGGAAGACGAGGUUACGCUGUGCUUUGAACAAGAGCCCGGAUUUUGAGGAAGUGACAGACCGGUCCCAGCUGGACAUUUCUGAACCGUAUAAAGUUUACCGAAUCGUCCCCGAGGAGGAGCAAAAAUGCAAAUUAGGCGUGGUGGCUCCCGGUUGCAUUAGUGAAGCCACAGAGAUGGAGUGCGGUCGCUCCGAGAUCGACGAGCUGAUCAAGGAGCCUCCCGUGGACGAUUACAUGGGGAUGGUCAAAAGGAGCCCCUCCCCGCCCGAGGCCUGCAGGAGUCAGCUCCUCCCCGACUGGUGGAUGCAGCAGCCCAGCGCAGCAGGCCUGCCACUCGUGCCAGGGUACAGCACCUACGACGCGCACCACGCAGCCUUCUCCCAGAUGGUCAUCAGCUUCUACUACGGGGGCAAGCUGGUAGGCCAGACCACCACCACGUGCCCCGAGGGCUGCCGCCUGUCCCUGGGCCAGCCCGGCCUGCCCGGCGGCAAGCUGUGUGGGCCCGAGGGCCUGGAGCUGGUGCGCUUCCCGCCAGCCGACGCCAUCCCCAGUGAGCGGCAGCGGCAGGUGACGCGGAAGCUGUUCGGGCACCUGGAGCGUGGCGUCCUCCUGCACAGCAGCCGGCAGGGCGUGCUGGUCAAGCGGCUGUGCCAGGGCCGCGUGUUCUACAGCGGCAACGCCGCGGUGGGCAGGGGCGGCCCCAACAAGCUGGAGCGUGACGAGGUGGUCAAGGUCUUCGACACCAGCCAGUUCUUCCGAGAGCUGCAGCAGUUCUACAACAGCCAGAGCCGGCUUCCCGACAGCAGGGUGGUGCUGUGCUUCGGAGAGGAGUUUCCAGAUAUGACCCCCUUGCGCUCCAAGCUCAUCCUCGUGCAGAUCGAGCAGCUCUACGUCCGACAGCUGGUGGAGGAGGCUGGGAAGAGCUGCAGUGGUGGCUCCAUGAUGCAGGCUCCCGAGGAGCCCCCGCCAGACCAGGUCUUCCGCAUGUUCCCGGAUAUGUGCGCCUCACACCAGAGACCUUUUUUCAGAGAAAACCAACAGAUCACAGUUUAA